GUGGCGUGCGGGCGAGUCUCGAAUCCUCGUGAAAAAUACACCAGGAGUUUCCGCGUUCUUUCGUAGCAGAUCGGCCCGAGUUUCCGAGUGUGCCGCGCAUCGUGGAGAAGCCGAAAUAGAGCCAAGACGGUGCAUGGGACGCCGGGCGGUGGAGCGUCUUUCCGUCGUAUUACCAAAAAGCUUGAGCGCGCGCUCCAAGUACGCGCGCUUGUUGACGCGAUUGCUCUCGAACGCGUUUGUAACGAGUGCUCGCGAGCAUCGAACCCGUCGUAUCAGGGCCAACGAAGCGGUCGUGGAAUGUCGUUAACGGGUUCUGACGCCUUGGACGGUCCCCGACGAGCUCCGAAAUCAACGGCGACGUAACGAGGUCCGGUGUCAAGGUUUGGCGCGCGAUUCAAACUGGUCUCGAGACAAUCGCCUUCUCUCUAGACACUGCCACGGCCUGACUCGCUACGGUGAACCUGAAAGGCCCUCUUUAAUUUCCAUUUAAGCUGCACUGCUUCUCGACAAUUAUGUAACUACUGACAAUUGGGUUUGGCAACCGCAGACUGGUAACCAAGCGUUAGGGUUUAGAAAUUCCUUCCGUGUCGACAGGAUGGAGGAGGAGAUUGUUGUAGACGACGCUGAUGAUAACAGCGGCACCGAGGCACAGCAGUCCGAUGAUCCAGCUACGCACGUUAUGCCGUUGCUUUAUAUCCAACAGGGUAAAUUACGUUCGACUCAACCCACUUCGGCCAAUCAGGCUAUUGUCUCGACUUCUGCCGGCCAACUUGCAGCGAUAAUUAAUCCGGUUAGCAAUCAGAUUACUGGGCAGAACAAGGUCUUCAUACAGGGACCUAGUCAGGGCACCAAUUCCCAAAGCAAGCACAUAGUCAUUCAUCGGCAGAUCAAUACCGUUGGGUCUACUACGAAUAACCAGGGCCAGAAACACAUACUUCUCAGAAAAUCAAACGCUUCUACCGCGCAGAUUGUGCCAUUGAACACAUCUCAGGUGACUCAAACCCACAGUCAGGCAGGGAAGCACACCUUUGCUUAUCUGGGGACCCUUAUCAAACCGAACAAAUCUAGAGAGUCCGUCGUCAUUCCAGCAGCAGGGGCCCUGACGACUACACAGAUUAACAAACCAAAGUUGGUGAUAGCUCCAGUUAUUUCACCAUUGGCUCAGACCUCCACGAGCACUACUUCCAGUUCGCAAAGUCAGCCCGCGAAGCAUAUGACUAACUUACUCCUGCCUGUUAACAUUCCUCAGCACAGUGGAUCUAAUAAGCAGAGCAUGUUUAACCUGAAAAUUAAUAACGGCCAAAUUAGCGCAGACAGCAAAGGGACUAUUACAGUACUACGUGAAUCUAAGACGUCCAACUCUUCGGCUCAUCCUCCUCCGCUACACCCGAUAACCAAGAUGAGCCUGCUGAGUGCCAACAAAGGUGGCAGCAAUUCUAGCGACAGCAUCAAGAUCACCGAGAACCCUGAUUCGGCAGUGAUAACUCCCAUACCGAAGAAGGACGAUGGUAAUCCCCCGGAGAAGAGAAAGAAAACUAUCAGCAAUAUACUUCGUGGAUCCAGUGACAAACGAACAAAGAAGCAAAAUAUCCCCAAGUCCCCUCCUGAAGGCAUCGUCGACGUCAGAUAUACGCUAAGUAGUCCAGAGUCUGAGCAGGACAAAGAUAAGAAACUUCAGACCGAUGAUGACAUAACCUUAAUCAAGGUUGUACCAAGUGAGGACAAGACUGCAAAGCUGAAAGCUUCGAUGGAUGAUGACAUUAAGAUAGAGAUAAUUAAAACGGCUAUGAAUAGUGAUAUCGAAACUAUAUCUGACAGCAACGGAGACGUUAAAGUGAAUUCUCGAGAGGACUUAAAAGACCACACGAACUCUUCUCACCAAAACGAUCCCAGCUUCGAUGCCACCAAAGCACUAGAUUGGAAAGAUGGCGUGGGCACUCUGCCAGGCAGCACUUUAAAGUUUCGAGUGAACGAAUUUGGACUGAUGGAGGUCGUCGAUGAAGACGAAAACAAUAAACAGGACAAGGACAGUAACAUUGGCGACAAGGAAAACGUAUGUCUGACACAAAAGUCUCCAAAGUCCUGCUCUACGACAACCAGUAGUGAUAAAAAGAUGGAGGACAGGAAGUCUCGAGCAGCUUCCGAAGACACCAUCUAUCGAUGCGAACACUGCGGAUGUCACGGAUUAGCCGCAGAAUUCGACAGCCCUAUAUCAUGCAGUCGUCAGUGUACAGAGAUCAUUGAAACCAAAAAGUUAAAUCUAAUUCGCAAGGAGAAGGAGCUAAAGGAUCUGAGAGCCAAACGGAAACGCAAGCGGUUAUUGCAAGAACAGCAGGUUAAGGAGACGGAGGGCAAGGUGGACGAGAAGAUCCAGGAAAAACCAAAAUCCGAAACGGACGAGGACACUAAGGACACAUGCAUUACCACCGUUGAAGAGGAGAGCCAGGAGGAGUGCUCGGAGGCCAAGUAUCCAUGGCAGACGGGUAAACUAGGAUUCUCUUGGGCGAAGUAUUUGGAGCACUGCAAGGCGAAGGCAGCCCCGGUGAAGCUCUUUAAGGACCCGUUCCCCUACAGUAAGAACCAUUUCAAGGUCGGCAUGAAACUCGAGGGAAUCGAUCCGGAACACCCCUCGAGGUACUGCGUCCUCACAGUGGUCGAAGUUGCUGGUUAUCGAAUACGACUCCAUUUUGAUGGGUACCCGGAAAACUACGACUUCUGGGUGAACGCCGACAGCAUGGACAUUUUUCCGAUCGGCUGGUCCGAGAAGAAUGCGCAUCGCUUGGACCCGCCCAAGGGCUACGUCGCCAACAACUUCAACUGGAACGCUUAUUUGAAGAUCUGUAAGGCCACUGCCGCUUCGAAGAACAUCUUCUCGAACAAGAACUCCAUCUUCCCGACCGGUUUCCGUGUUGGGAUGAAGUUAGAAGCCGUGGACAGGAAACACUCGUCUCUGGUUUGCGUGGCCAGCAUCGCCGGUUUAAUGGACUCGCGAAUAUUGGUCCACUUCGACUCCUGGGACGAGGUUUACGAUUACUGGGCCGAUGCAAGCUCACCUUACAUACACCCAGUUGGUUGGUGCCAGCACAACGGGCACAAACUCACUCCGCCUAACAACUUCAAGGACCCGAAAACCUUUACCUGGGAUGCCUAUUUGCGAGACACGAGCUCGGUAGCGGCUCCAGCCAGGGCUUUCAAACAACGACCACCCUGCGGGUUCAAACGAGGCAUGAAAUUGGAGGCAGUAGACAAACGAGUACCGCAAUUGAUUCGCGUGGCAACCGUCGAAGAUGUCAAGGACCACAUGUUGAAGAUACGUUUUGACGGUUGGCCCGAAAAUCACGCGUAUUGGGUCGACGAUGACUCACCGGAUAUCCAUCCCAUGGGGUGGUGUACGAAGACUGGCCACCCCUUGGAACGUCCUCUGACUCCGGACAAUCUGAACGACCGACCAGAGUGCGGGACUUACGGGUGCCGAGGAAUCGGUCACGUAAAAGGACCGAAAUUCGCGACCCACAACUCGGCUUCUGGGUGUCCCUACUCCCCCCAGAACUUACCGAAGGUCAGACCGAUGACGGACAGACUGAAUUUGAAGCACGAGGCCUGCGAAUUCGAGGAAGACCUCCUCGAGAGACCAAGGGCCGAGAGAGCGAAGAUCGAGAAACUCGACAGGUAUCAGGAGGAAAAGGAGAAGGCUCCGAAGACCGAGAGGGAUAUCGUCAAGCACGAAGAUGUCGACCUCGGAGACCGGACCGAAAUAGCCGACAGAAUAAGUAGGUGGAGGCAUCUGCAGAACGACGGCCUAACAGACGAUGACGAAAUCUCGAGGAGGCGGAAGAAGAGACGAUUGGUGUCCGACGACCCGUCGCUGUCACUUCCCAACUUCGGAGAUGCUUCCUUGACCGCGAUUCCCUAUGCGGCUGGGAUGCCCGAUAAGCAACUCAGAACAGAACUUUACCAUUCCGUGUAUAAUCCGGGAUACGAUCCGCUACCGGAUGCUCCACAUAUCUGGGCGAAACACAGCAAUGCCUUGAACAGGGUCGUGGCUAAGCAGAACACUAAUCCACGACGGUGGUCCAACGAGGAGGUGAUCCGGUUCAUUCAGAGUGUUCCCAACUGCAAGGAGAUUGGCAGUGUCUUCAGAAAGCAUAACAUCGACGGGGAGGCAUUUUUGAUGUUGACCCAAGAAGACCUGAUCUCGCUGCUGGGCCUACGCUUGGGUCCCGCCAUCAAGCUCUACAACAGCAUCGUCCUUCUGCGCAGAAGAGCUACGUGAAUCCAAGACGAUGAACGUACUGGAUAAUGGUAGCAGGGCUUUGGCCCCAAAAUCGGCGUUUGCUGAAGCCCAAGACGAGAAAAGCGAGCGCCGCAAGCUCGGCGCGAAUCGUUUCUAAGCGUUCGGGCUCCGUCACUCCUACUCGACAGAUUAUGUGUUGUAAUUCCUUUCUCCACUGUCCUCGCCAUGCAAGAAGCUGGGUUGAGAACUCAAUCGUGUACAAAAGUGUAUAUAUGUGUCAUGUACAGAUCGAGCUAGACACACCACACACACAUACACAUAUAAAGCCGUAUGGCGAAGAAGCCUCCAUGUUUUGCGCGACUGUAAUAAGAAAAAACCUUGAAUAGCG